UUGUGUUUAUGUGCUAGUCCGUGUUUCAUAUAUAUAUAUAUUAAUUUUUAGUGGAAAAAAGGGACCUCUUUUUUGUAAAAUAAAAGUCGUAAAUUGCGUUCAACUUCCAUUUUUUUCACAUGAUUCCGCGACAAUGUUUAUCAUAAAACACGUUUAAUGAUUCCUUUUGAUAGAAAACAUUUACAAAAAGUGCAAAAAUAAGUGAAAAUUUUUCCCAAAAGGAUAUUUGAUAAAUUUUUACACCAUACAACACACACACACCCCAUACACACAGAGACAUCAUGGCUGUCCCAGUUUUUACUCUGGAUGGCCGAGUCAGCUCACUGCCAGACAAGGGAAUACCCGACAUGACAUGCAUUUCAGAUAUCGAUGAGCAGGGCAUCAACAGAAAUCUGAAAGUCAGAUAUCAACGAGAUGAAGUUUACACUUAUACAGGUACAAUUUUGGUCUCGGUUAAUCCAUACAAGGAAAUUGACUGCUACUCGACGGAUUAUGUCUUCAAAUACCAAAAUCAGAAAUUAGGUCACCUGCCACCGCAUAUUUUCGCAUUAGCGGAAGCUUCCUUCAAACAUUUGCGGGACAACAACGUCAAUCAGUCUAUUGUCAUAUCCGGCGAAUCUGGCGCUGGCAAAACGGAAACAACCAAAUUCGUGCUGCAGUAUUUGUGUUCGGUAACGUGCGACGUAUCAACAUGGGUACAACAACAAAUUUUGGAAGCAAAUACAAUUCUCGAGGCAUUCGGCAAUGCCAAAACCAUCCGAAAUGACAACAGUUCGCGCUUCGGAAAAUUCAUGCAAGUCUGUUUCGACUCCAAAUGGACCAUCAAGGGAUGCAUUAUACAAGAUUACCUGCUCGAACAAUCACGAAUUACCUUCCAAUCGCCCGACGAACGGAAUUACCAUGUGCUAUAUCAACUCGUGGCAGAGGGAAAAACCAACAAAGAAGUCGCCACAGCACUUCAUCUGCGAGAUCCAGCAUUUUACAAGUACUUGAACGCCUCCGGGGACAUCGAUAUCGAUAUCGCAUGCGAACAAAAGAAGUUCGAUGCGCUUCGUUUGGCCUUCAACGUGCUGCAAAUCCCCCAAAAUAUCAUCGAUGGCAUCUUUAAGGUGCUAAGUGCCAUUUUGUGGCUUGGAAAUUUGACUUUUGAGGAUGUCGACGGCGAAAAUUGCGAAUUUAUACCGGAAGACAAGGAAAUUGUCGCGACAGUGGCUGAACUUUUGGGCUUGCAGGAAGAGGAUUUGAAGCAGUGUUGCUUGAAACGCCAGAUAAACGUGCGCGGCAACAUCACAGAGAUCCCGUUGAAGGUCCAGGAGGCUCGGGAGAACAAACAUGCGAUGGCAAAAGCACUUUACUCGAGGACUUUUGCAUGGCUUAUCAGUCAUAUCAACACGUGCAUCAACCCGGGGCAGGAUACAUCGCGCGUAAUUGGCGUUUUGGACAUUUUCGGCUUUGAAAAUUUCGCGUUGAACAGUUUCGAACAACUUUGCAUCAAUUAUACGAACGAAAAGUUGCACAAAUUCUUCAAUCAUUACGUUUUCGCCAUAGAACAGGAAAUUUACAAACAAGAAGAAAUCACUUUUUCGCACAUUCAGUUCACCGAUAACACGCAAUGUUUGGAAUUAAUUGAAAAACCGCCGCGUUGCAUCCUGAAACUGCUUACGGAGCAAUGUCACAUGCCAAAGGGCUCCGAUACGGGUUACUUGACCAAUCUCCAUGCCGAAUUCGAAACUCAUCCGAGUUAUGAAAAAGCUCCGGAUCGUCGUCGAUGGGAAACGGAGUUCAUUGUGAAGCAUUAUGCGGGUUGCGUCGCCUAUACCGUCAAGGGGUUCGUCGACAAGAAUCGCGAUGUGCAACAAGAUGUCCUUUUCGACUUUAUGAGUCGCAGCGAGAACCCCUUUGUCCAAGAAUUGUCUUCAUUCCAAGAUCUCCUGUCGAUUUUGGCGCAAUCCCAGACCACAAAUAUGGCAAAUGGACUCGGAACUGUCUCCCGAAACACCUCAAAAGGCAAAUUAACUGUAAGUGACAUGUUCCGGCAACAACUCCAAGCACUCGUGGAUGUCCUGCAAAGCACAAAUCCGUGGUACGUUCGUUGCAUAAAACCCAAUUCCGAUAAACUGCCAAACGACUACGACGAUCAACUCGUGCUCGAUCAACUAAAAUACCUCGGAAUGCUGGAUAUCAUCCGGAUUCGUCGUGAGGGCUUUCCGAUUCAUUUGUCCUUUGAAGAGUUCAUUUAUCGGUAUCAAUGUCUCACGCGAAAGACCAAAUAUGUCGAAACGAUUCGGAAUCAAGUGCUUUCGGUCAUUGCUGAAUUGAAUGUUCCUGGCACGGAAUGGCAACUGGGCAAAAGUAAAGUUUUUCUGCGAAAUAAGGUCCAUGAACCGCUCGAAGACGCCCGAAAUCGCGUCAUUAAUGGCAAAGCGAUCGUUAUUCAGCGCAAUUUUAAGAGAUAUCUCGAACAAAAGAAAUUCAGCAAAACAAGAAAUGCAGCCCUGCGAAUUCAGCACGCGUACAGGGGUUGGAAACAGCGAAUUCAGUUCCUGCGAAUGAGGCGCGCGGCGAUUGUGAUUCAGUCGCAUUUGAGGGGCGUCUUUGCGAGAGAAGUUGCGGCAGCGUUGAGGGAAAUGCGAAGAGUUGAGGAGGAAAUGCGGAAGAGGGAAAGGUUGGAAGCGGAAAGGAAGCAGAGAGAAGCUGAACAAGCGGAAGCUGAUCGAUUGGCGUUGGAGGAGAGUGAAAGGGCUGCCAAGCAAGAAAUCAUGGCAUUAUCGCAAAUGGCGGAACAAAUCAACUCCAAACUCAGUUCGACAUCAUCUUCAAUGGACACGAACGGCAUGAGUUCCUCAUCUUCCAACCAACACAGCAACGAAUCCGUCGAUUUGGACAAUUUAUUCGCGUUUUUGAGCGAAGUUACGCCCGUCGGGGACAAGGAAUUGAGCAAUUCUAACCAAAUUAUCAACGAAAUUGGCGAAAAAAUGGACAAUUUAGUGGAAGAUUUGGAUGUUGAGCUUGAAACGGUGAUUCAACAAGAGAUCGAGGGCUUGACUAAUGAUCGAAAUGCGAUAAAUAACAACACUUUGACGAAACCAAAGAUGGGAGUGCCAUCAUUACCCGAACCGAAAGAGCCUCCGCCACCCCCGCCCGUGAAGCCAAUCAACGGAAACACGAUCGAAAAUGUCACUCAAACGACAAAAGUUCAAAAUAAGCGAAAAGAGGAGCCAAUUUACGAAGCUGUCACUCAUUUGCAUCUUCAGCAUCAACAACACCAGCAACAACAACAAAUUUCGCAGCAAAUCCAGAUGCAUCAAAUGCAACAAAUGAAAGAAUUGCCAAUGCCCCCGUUGCCUCCGUUGCCCGAAGUGAGUGAAGUUCUCGCAUUGGAGAAUCAGGCACCUGCUCCGCCUCCGCAUGCCCAUAAUCUCAUCCACGAGAACGGAACUCACAAAUUACGGCCUAAAAGUCCCGCGGUUUUGCGUUCUCAAUCCCCGCAAAAUCGAUCAGGACCCAUGUCACCUUCCUCUCCGAAGCAUAGUCGACCGUCGUCACGAGCCUCUUCAACUGGGGAUCGUCAUCAUGGCGAACGCGAACAACGUCGCAAGUACCGGGUCGAGAAAAAGUUGCAGGAAAUGCACCAACUUGACAUUUCCGAGCGCGAAGACAAACAUUUGCGCGACGAUAUUUACAACGAUAUCCUGGAAUUUGCUGAAAAUCACUUUAACGCUCACGAAAGAUCACCUGAGGGAACAAUUAUGGCGACUUUGACACGUAAAGGCAAGAAAAGUGUCGAACUUGUGCCGAAAUACGAGAUGAUCACGUAUUACCGCGGAAAUUCCAUCCCUUCGUCGCAUAUUCACAUGUACGAUCCCGAAAAUGUUCAGAUUGCUUGUAACAUUUUCCGGGAACUUUGCAAGUAUUUGCGCGGCGAACUAAAUGGCGAACGAGAAUUAACGGUUAUUCAGUUCAUAAUCGGGCAAGGAAUUGAACGUGAGGAGUUACGAGAUGAAAUUUUUGUGCAAUGUAUGCGACAGGCGACGAAUUGCCCGCAUUCCGAAUGGACAGAUCGAGUGUGGCUUCUACUUUGUUUGACCAUUGUCGCGUUUCAGCCGAGCAAGUUGCUCUUCAAGUACUUUGUGAGCUUUUUAAAGAAGAAUUUGGAACAGCUCGAUGGAAAAUUGAGACAAUAUGUGCAAUGGUGUAUGGAUAAUUGCAAAAAUACGAAGGUUUCGUCGAGAUUAUUGCCGCCAUCGAGUGUGGAAGUUGCAGCGAUGAGACGUUUGGGAACGAUCGUUUGUCGGUUUUUCUUCUUGGAUGGCAGAACGAAGGCCAUUGAUGUGCAUCCGACGGAUACGGCAAGUGAUGCGGUCGCGAAGUUGGCGGAAAAAUUGGGAUUGUGCAGUAUUGAGGGAUGGGCGAUUUAUCAAUCGAGACCCGAUGGAGAGGAGCAUGUCAAGUCGCAUGAUUAUUUGUAUGACGUUAUUGCGGCGUGGGAAAUAAAACAAACGAAAAUCCAAGCCACAAACUCUCUCCGCAAAAACGCCGCAACUCUUGGAUCAGGCGAAAACCGCUUCGUCUUCAAGAAACGCAUCUUCAAGAGCAACCGUGAGCUUUCCCAGGAUCCUGUCGAGGUCAACAUGCUGUACGCUCAAGCAGUUUACGGCGUCGUUAAAUGUGACGAGUUCCCCGUAAGCGAAAAAGUCGCCCUCCAACUUGCCGGUUUACAAGCUCAAGUCGCUCUCGGCAAUCCCGCUGCUCAACCAAAGCCCGAAUAUUACUCCGACAUCGGAAGUUUCCUGCCUGAAAGAAUUUCAAAAACGCGUGAAGAUCACUUUUGGAUCCCAAUUCUGGCUCAAGCGCACAAACAAUACGGAGCCGGGCGCUCCGAACUCACUGCCAAAGUUUUGUAUCUUUCGUGCGUCAUGCAGUACCCGCUUUAUGGCACCACGAUGUUCAACGUUUCGUAUCGCGGCUAUUGGAGUUACGGCAACAACUUGAUUUUCGGCGUAAACUGGGAAGGAAUCGUUUUAAUCAAGCCCGAUGAUAAAUUUGUCUUGUUCGAGUUUCGUUAUCAUGAAAUCGAGUCGAUCAUGCUGGAUCCGAGUGACAGUUUUAUAACGAUCAAUUUGAAUCAAAACUCGACUCGACAAGAUCAGCAAAAAUGUUUCGUCUUCGAAACGACGCAAAAACACGAAAUUGGCUCGUUAAUCGUUUCGUACUUCCCGGCGUUGUCCAAUUGGAUCACCGAGAACGAACAACCGGCGAAAAAAGCGAAAGGCAUCACGAACGAAGAUCGAGUUCGGUUGCAUCACAAUAUUGUCGUUUGUAGGCGUCAUUUGGUCGAUUCCGAGUUAUUGAGAAAGCCUCAAGAUUUGAGCGGAGGAUUCCUGAGAAAUACUUUGAGAAGACUUUCGAAACAUCGGUUGGAAAAGUUGAGAGCGGAACAUGGAUCGUAUACGGCUCAAGAGCAUGGCGAAACGUACAAAGGAUUUCCGCAUCUUUAUUGGGCGUUUAGUCGUCAACCACUGCCACAGAGCUUAAGUAAACUGCCAGAUCAGGAGGAGCAAGCGAUGUUGCAAGUGUUCCAAUCGGUUCUUACUUACUCCGGAUUAGGAUCAAAUGGAGAAGUCGUUCAACGCGCUGAAGACGAACACAUAACCUUAAUUCAAUCCAUCAUGGAUCGCUGUAUGCGCAAAGAAUCUCUCUUGAACGAGCUCUACUUGCAACUUAUCAAGCAAACAACCGAUCAUCCGGACCCCAAUUCAAGGGUCAACUUGCGUCACUGGGCUCUCCUAUCGCUCGCCUGUAGUGUCAUACUGCCAACCCAAAAAGUAGUUAGAAAGUAUCUAAUUGGCCACUUGAAACGAUGUGCCAGCGAUUUCAUCUCCGAAGAAGGCAAAUACGCUCGUUUCGCUGAAAAAUGUUUCUUUAAGACUCAAGGCACGCGUCGUCGUCAAUGGCCUCCGUCGCGCGAAGAAAUUGUCUGUACGAUCAAUCGACGCCCGAUCUACGCGCGUUUCCACUUCAUGGAUGGCCAAUAUCACUCCGUGGAAUUCCAUCCGAGCUCAACGGCGCGCGAAGUUAUGGAAAUUGUCAAGAAGAAGAUUGGAUUGCAGGAACAAGCUCAAGGUUACGCCAUUUACGAAGUUCUUGGAGCAUCGGAGCGGAGUCUCCUUCCGGAUGAAAAAAUAGCUGAUGUUAUGUCAAAAUGGGAGAAAUAUCGCACAGCGGCGGCUCAAGCGGUGCAACAGAACCAAAAUAAUUCAAACUUACCUGCGUCAUGUCGUCGACAGCAUCAUCUCUUCUUGUUCAAGAAACAUCUGUUCUGUGAUCAAUUCAUGAAUUUGGAGGAUCCGGUCGAGAAAGAGCUUUUGUAUCAUCAAGUAUUGCAUGGACUUCGCACUGAAAGGUUCCCUAUUAGUGAAAUGGAAGCUAUCAUGCUUACAUCUCUCCAAAGUCAACUCGAGCUCGGCGAUUGCGGAGACACGCCCGCUGAUUAUCGUCUCGUUGCUAGUCAUUGUCUUCCUCCGCGUUUCGUGCCCAACAUUCCGCAUGACGGCGUCGCCAUGCACCAUCAGAGUCUUCGUGGCAUGACGCAAGCGGAAGCGAAAAAAUCCUUCCUGAAUCUCAUCCAGAGCUGGCCCUUGCACAAAUCCACGAUAUUUGACGUCAUGCAAUCGUUCACGAGUAAUUGGCCUCGCGUUUUGUGGCUCGCUGUCGACCAAAAAGGCUUGCAUUUGUUGGAACAUCGUUCCCGGAACACUCUUUGCACGUACGAUUACGGCUCGAUUUUGUCCUUUAGUCCAAAUAUGAAUUGCUUGAUGAUCAUCACGGGCUCCGACAAGAAACAAUCGAAAGUUAUUUUGACGACAUCACAGGCCUUCCAAAUUGCAAAUUUGAUCCGCGAAUACAUGGAAGUCAUCCAAAUUCGUCUGGAGGAACAACAAAAACAACUCAUGAACGACCCGAUGACACAAUCAAAUCGCGCCGCCGCCAUGGCUGCACUCCAAACGAAAGGCGGCAGACCAACGUCGGGCAUUUUGCGACAAGGAAAUGCGCAAAUGGUCGCACCGCAACCUAGUUAAUGACAAAAAACUGCACGAUAAGCAACUUAUUGUGGAAAAAAUCAAUCUUAACAAUAUUUAAAUGAUAACUUAAAGCCAAAUGUAGCUUAAAAUACUUAAAAUUAUACCAAAAACUGAAUUAAGUUAAUUUAUUGAACAAAAAAAAAACUUACAAAAAAACAUUCAAAGCAACUGCAUAGUUAGUGAAAAGUCAUAAAUACGUGGGUUAACAUCGUUAUGUAGCUGGAAAAUGUUUAUUUAAUGAAAUUAAUGUGACUCCAUUCUCUAAAAAAAACAUAAAAAAAUAACUAAAAUGUAUAAAAAAAAAACUUAUUGAAUUAUACGAAAAAAUAACUAAAAUAGUAUCAAAUAGUAAGAAAAAAUGAAGCACAGAUAUAUUUUAAAGAGAUUUUAUAGUUAUUUAUGAUUAAUUAUAGUGACUUAUGAUAAUUUUUUGUGAAGUGUUAAAAAAAUAUUUUAAUUUUCUGACGUUUUAAAAUGAUAUUUUUAGUCAUAAAAUUUAGAAAUCAAGGUCUUCAUAUUAAAAAAUAUGUUUUCUUGAGUGCAUUUAAAAAUAAUUAAUUAAAAGCUGGUUAACUUUUAGUUGCGUAUACCCUAUCUAUACUCUUAAAUAAAUUUAUACGAAAUUUUUUGAUACUCUCCGAUUAUUUUGAUAAAAAAAACUUCCUAAUAUUAAUAUUACAAAAAAAAAAAUAAUCAAUUUUUUACCAAUCUUCCAUAACAAGCUUUACCUAACAACUUAUUAAAUUAUACAAAAAAUAAUAAACUAAAUUUAAAACAAAUAAUCAAAAAUGAAAGGAGCUAUCAAUCAA